AUGAAGGGAAGGGAAUUACUGCCUUCUAGCCAGGUAUCAAGGAUGAUGAAGCAGCAUUGGAAAGUCAUGGAGUUUGGCGGCAUGUCAGAGAACGAGGAAGAAUGGCUAAAUGGUACAGAUAUUGCUCUCAAUGCAGAAGAAUACUUGAUGCCACCAGAAGAGUUCUUUUCUGACUAUGAAUCUGAGGAGGAUUACUGAAGCAACUACGAUGACCAUGAUGAUUAUGAUGAAGAAGAUGAAGAUGAAAUAUGAGGAAGAUUUGUAUCCUGGGCUUGGAACCAAACUGAAGAAGUGCUUGAUAGUGAGACAACUACGCCGCUUUAUGCAACAACAGGCACUCGGCCUGUGGAAAUAGUUCAAACCUCAAGUGAUGAAAGUGGAAUCAAGGACAACACUGAGGUUGGGAAUGCUGGAGAUAAAGCUGAAGGCCAAGGUACACCAGAGAGUAAGGAUUCUGAAGGAGGUGAUCCCUAG